AUGCCUUUAUUACAGUUACCACCUGAGCUUCUACGACUCAUUUUUCUAUAUCUUCCUCGACAGAGCCUAGCACGACUAUGUUUGACUUGUCACCAGGCCUAUACUAUUUGCUUGCCUACUCUUUAUGCACAUGUCCAUCUUGGUCUUCGGGCUCAUGUACGUCAAUUGGAGCAAGGUGUCUAUCGACGAGACGAAUUGAGAGCGGCCAUGCAAUCGUAUACCCACCAAUUGACCAUGACAAACCAACAAAACUGCAACAUGUGGAUGGCACGCGAUUUCGCUUGGUUGUUUAGUGCAGCUGUGAAUGUGCGUGUAUUGACCCUGGUUCACUUUGAGUCGCUCACCAUCGGGUAUCUGGUCCGGCUGACCCAUCAACUACCGAAUAUUGAGCAUUUGCGUAUCCAAUACAGCCAACUUAAGAGUGAUCCAUCAUCACAAACAAUGACAACACCAGGCUAUGAUGCAAAAAACAGCUUCGCAAAGGCUAAAAACCUUGAUCUCUGCUGGACAGAUUUUUCUGAAGAGGCUGCAGCACAGCUAUUACAGUUACUCCCCAACGUGGAAACAGUCAACUUGGGUGCCAAUCGCAACAAGAAUAGAGGAGCUAAUACAACAGCCGUUCGAUCUCUCUCAGAGCAUUGCCCUGCAGUAAAGCACCUGACAAUAUCAUUGCAGCAAGUGAGCGAGCCUGUUUUGUGCGACACAAUUACCUACUAUGGACCGCAAUUACAUAGCUUAUCGAUUCGUUGUGAUGGAAGGGAUACUCUCAAAUGCGUGGCUCGGCAUGCUACCCUCGUAAAGAACUUGACUAUUCGUGCGGGAUCGAUUCAACCACCACCACAGCGUGUUGUACUCACAUUGAAUCAGCCACAACCCAUGACACCUCCUUCUUUCGUUACAACUAUGAUGGCUCAAGAACAAACACCACAAAACGAAGAACAACCUGGUAGCAUUGUCGGCAUCCUACAACGAUGUUCUCAGCUUGUACGAUUGGAAAUGGUAUCAUGGCUCGUAGAGGAUGUCCCACGUGAAGUUUGGCGAGGGAUCGAAGUUGUAGCUUCUCGACAUCAGGCACCAUCCAUAGUUGAACGCCGUCGUGCUCGUGAACAAAAUAAGACAUUUGCAUUGGGAAGAGAGGAACUCCAAGAAAUAAGAAAGCAAUUUGUUAUGGCUGCUAGGACACCACAAUCGUCUCCAUCGCAACCCUCGUUUGACAUGAGUACUCAUUGA